AUGAAGCUCGGAGUCUUUCCAAAUGACUUGCAAUUCUUCACUCGGGCGGGUGGCUACUUGAGGAGGCAGAUGGAUCAUGAGGAGGUGGGGCGGAAGGUCCGUGUCAAAGGCAUCAGGUCCUUCAAGCCCGAGCGGGCUCAGCACGAGCACCCCUUCCUCAUCAUCGGCGCAGGCCACAUUGGCCUGCGGCAUGGCCUCUACCUCCUCCAGCACGAUCACUCCAACUUUCUCAUCGUGGACCGCCGGGACAAGGUCGGAGGAACGUCCUGGAUCGCCCAGGCCAACAAGACCUCCAAGCUGCAGACCGAGCUCGGCACCUACCACCUCCAGUAUGACGAGAUCAACCCCGUGCCCAAAGAGAUGUCAACAUGGCCCUCGCGCGACGAGCUGCUGGAUCACUUUGCAAGAGUGUCGGCUGAGUACGGGCUAACGAAGUCAAUCUCAGUGAACGGCACUAGCUCAGACAGCGGGCCCUUGGGGGACGUGAGCCUCGAGGACACGGAGAACUACACUGGAAAUCUCCCUCCCCAUCCCACCGGACGAGGCCUCAAGCAACUGACUGUGAGCUGCGUGUUCAUGUACCCAGGAAAUCUCUCGCUUCCGCGGCAGUACGAGUACAAGGGUGAGGAUGAUUUCGGGGGCAUGAUCGAGUAUGCCAUGUUCGAUACCAUUGAUUACGAGGCGGCCGUCACGGGGAAGAAUGUCAUGAUUGCCGGCCACGGCGCCUUUGGGGUGGAGAACAUCCGCACCUGCUGCGAGUUCUCUUCGAAGAAGAUCUUCAUGGUCUGCCGGCGUAUGAAUCUCGCCUGCCCAAGGGUCUGCUCAUGGUUCGCCAACCAAUCGGAUCCUCCAGUCACCGGGGCGAUGUUCCUGGAGAGCAUGGAGCCUGCUUACAAGCUCAUUGGCUUCGAUCCCUGGGCUUACCACUCCGUCAUCGCCAAUUCUGCGAGGACGAAUGCACACAUCGCUCAAAAAUCUCGAUUCGGCAUUGGAGAUGUCUACUUCCUGGCCUUGAGUAUGGGGAAGUGCGAGGUCAUCGUCGACGAAGUGAAGCGGCUCUCUGAAGGGCGGGUCCACCUCGAGUCUGGCAGAGACCUCUCGGUUGACACGAUUCUCAAAGUUUUCGGUUUCGUUGGAGACCACGAAGUGGACAGGCUCCUAAGGAUCAAGACCAUGUACGGCUUCUGGCCUGAUGCCGACAAUCGCCGAUACACCGCGAGUGAGCACCCUGGCGUCCACGCCAGCAACUUCGGCGGUACCAGCCUGUCCCCUGGCGCGAUCACCUGGGUGCAAAACGCAAGCCACAUGAUGUGGUUUCCCAAAGACUGGCGUCGGGUGGUGGACUCGCAGCAGCUGCCAACCAACCAGCGGGAUGACACCAUCUCUCGGCCUGCAUACGUGUUCGACGCCAAGACGGCGCUGCCCUUGGCCUUCAUUCUACCUACGAUUUGCCCGGCGCUGGGCGAACUCCAGAUGUCACAGGGCAAGCUGAAAAAGCAGAAGCAGCUCGAGUGCCACCCCGUGGAGCGUUUCCUGGAGGAGUGUGCGAGCGAAUGGGAUGACUAUGCCCGCAAGUGGAAGGCAGAGGACCCCACUCUCAAGGAUCCUCCAAGCUACCCAUACACCCUUGCAAUGGUACAGGGGCUCCUCAAGAAGCACGACACUUCCACG